GCGGGGUAAGAUGGCGGAACUGGGGAAGAAGUACUGCGUGUACUGCCUGGCCGAGGUGAGCUCCCUGCGCUUCCGCUGCACCGAGUGCGCCGACAUCGAGCUCUGCCCCGACUGCUUCUCGGCCGGCGCCGAGAUCGGCCCGCACCGCCGAUGGCACGGCUACCAGCUGGUGGACGGCGGCCGCUUCACGCUGUGGGGCGCCGAGGCGGAGGGCGGCUGGAGCAGCCGGGAGGAGCAGCUGCUGCUGGACGCCAUCGAGCAGUUCGGCUUCGGCAACUGGGAAGACAUGGCCGCUCACGUGGGAGCAUCCCGGACGCCCCAGGAGGUGAUGGAGCACUACGUGAGCAUGUACAUCCAUGGCAACCUGGGGAAGGCCUGCAUCCCCGACACCAUUCCCAACAGGGUGACGGACCACACGUGUCCCAGCGGCGGCCCUCUCUCUCCCAGCCUGACCACGCCGCUCCCGCCCUUGGACAUAUCGGUGGCUGAGCAGCAGCAGCUGGGCUAUAUGCCGCUCCGGGACGACUACGAGAUCGAGUACGAUCAGGAUGCUGAGACUCUGAUCAGCGGCCUGUCUGUGAACUACGACGAUGAUGACGUGGAGAUAGAAUUGAAAAGAGCUCACGUAGACAUGUAUGUAAGAAAACUCAAGGAGAGACAGCGGCGGAAGAACAUUGCGCGAGAUUAUAACUUGGUGCCGGCCUUCCUGGGGAAGGAUAAGAAGGACAAGGAGAAAACUCCCAAGCGAAAGAUCACGAAAGAAGAGAAGGAGUUGAGGCUGAAGCUGAGGCCUCUGUACCAGUUCAUGUCCUGUAAGGAGUUUGAAGACUUCUUUGAGAACAUGCACAAGGAAAGAGUACUUCGAGCAAAGAUCCGGGAACUGCAGCGGUAUCGCAGAAAUGGAAUCACCAAAAUGGAGGAGUCGGCAGAAUAUGAGGCAGCCAGACAUAAACGGGAGAAGAGGAAGGAGAACAAAAACAUAGCCAGCUCCAAGAGGGGGAAGGAGGACGGCAAAGAAGGGGAAUUUGCUGCCAUUGAAAACCUGCCUGGUUUUGAACUCUUGUCGGACAGGGAAAAAGUGCUUUGCAGCUCUCUGAAUUUGAGUCCUGCGCGAUACGUGACUGUAAAAACCAUCAUCAUUAAAGACCAUCUUCAGAAAAGACAAGGGAUUCCUUCCAAGAGUCGCCUUCCCAGCUACUUGGAUAAGGUACUGAAGAAAAGGAUUUUAAACUUUCUAACAGAGAGUGGCUGGAUAUCCAGAGAUGCAUCAUGAAACCCACCGCAUCUGAGCACCACGCCAGAGGCCUGACGGGCUCCCUUCUUUUUCCUGCCCUUUCUGGAGAUACAGAAAUUAUCUUAUUCAAAACAGACAAACAAAACAACAAAAGCAAAAACAAAAAAGCCCACAGUGUUCGUGGUCCGUGCUUCGAGUAGACUUUUGCUUCGUGUCAUGAAAAAUACUGAAUUGCGAAACUUCUCCAUUCAACUUCAUUGCUCAUUAGAGUACACUGUUUUUGUUACAUUACUCAAAGAGAUUUCUUUCAUGUGAACCAACUCCUCAAGUCCAAUAGUUCUGGGGUGGUCACUUCACUUCCUGCUGUUGGAUAAGUGAGGGUCAAUGUCAUCCAUAAUCCUUGCCUUUUUUUUUCUUUUUUUUUUUUUUUGAAGGUGGGAGAUGGUUUUCAGCAGACGAGUUCUUCUCCCUGAUGUUGUUUUUGUCACAGUGCUGGCAGCCAAGCAAAGCUUGCAGAAAUCCUGAGCUGUCAGGCACAGGGUGCAGGGAUUGGCGUGGUGUUGCAGAGCUUUUGGAGCCCUGCCCUUAGUAGCACAGCCCAGGUGUCAGGACUUGGGGUGGGAGCUUUUCUGAGGGGCUGAGCCGUGACAGGGAUUGGUAGAUGAGUUGCCUGCAGGUGUCUGUGCUGUGUGGGCAGGCUUCUUGGAGAGCUGUGUUCUGCUGCCUGACCUCAGUGUGUGCUUGGCCGGGCAGCUGUAUGCUCUGUGCUGGGCUCAGCACUGCUGUGAAGUGGCUGCUUCUGGCCAGCUGUGGCUUAGAACAUGCAGAGUUCUGCCCUGGUGAAAUCACUGCUUCCAGUUGCAGGGGGAACCUGCCCCUCCUCCUGUAUCUGGUACAGGAGGCAGCCUGAGCACCUGCAGCUGCCUCCUGAGUGCAGCUGGGAUGGACAGGGACAGGGAGCUCCAUUCUGAAGCUCACAGCGGUCACUGAGGUUGGUUUAUUGAAAAAGAAAAAUUAAUUUAUAUAGAUGAAAAUGCCCAGCUGCUGUGCUCCUGGAGUGCAGAGUGGAGGAUGCAGCCAUUGCAGGUUUCUGGCUGCACGUACCUUGAAACCUGCUGGACUAAAUGUGCUGAGGUCAUUGCUGUGGUUGGCAAAAUGGAUCUCAGUUUGCCACAGUGGUCACUUGGGCAUAACUUAUGUUGUCAUUGCUCUCUGAGGGCUGUGCUCCCUGCCAGGCAGGGCUGGAGUUACAGUGGAGCAGAGCACAGCAGAAACACUUGAUCCACACCGUUGUUUUAGUAAUAUAUACCAAUUAAGGGAGAGGUGUUCAAGGAGGACUGGAAAAGGUGUGUUUUUUUUUUUUUUU